ACCCACUCUCGUUGGUUGCACCAACAAGGCGCCCAGCAUCUUGCCGCCUUUGGUGUUGCUUCGUAUCUCUCUACACAUCGACAAAACUAGAAAGAUCCUCUGUCUGUCGUCACCCAUCAGUGCAGACAUCCAGCAGAUCUCGCCGCACAAGGUGUGAGCGCAGAGACAGCAAAUCGAUCACUCGACAACAGCUAGUGGAGACAUGAAGCGAGCUCUUCCUUUGGGACUGGGCAUCUUGGCCCUGGUCACCACCGUUGCGCUCAUAUGCGAUGGCAUCGUUCUGGCCGUUCAGACGACGAAAGGAUCCUCGGUAUGGGCUACGUCAAUCAUUGCCACCAUACUCGAGGCGAUAGUCCUGAGCAUGCUGGCGUGGUUCGUCUUAACGACCUCCUCUCAAGCGCUGGCAUCCCUCCUCCGACGCUCAUCGCCAAGACGACUCGCCGCCUCAUUCACCCUCGCGGGUAUUGCUUGUCUCUUUGCGUCCGCCAUGGUCAUCGCUGCCAUUGUUUGUCUGACCAACAACCCCGGAGCCGUCGGCCCUCACAGGUCUAGCCAGGCUCAUCUCGGUGCCUCUGCCACCAUUCUCGCCAUUGCGGUAGCCUGUCAACUGGGCUUCCUUGCUGCGCACUACUUCCUUUGCCGACGGACCGACAGUCAAGACAACACAACCACGCACACCGACGCCGAGCUUCGUUUGUCGCCAACCUCACGGCUCAAGUCGGUUCCGUACAGCCGCACCCGACCCUCCCUCGCCGGAAAUCGUGAGACGGAUUCCAAGAGCUCGAUGGAGAGCGGGUUCACCGAGGAGCUCAAGGCAGGCUAUCAAGCCAUCUCGUCUCCCCGGCCUUCCUUGUCACCUUCCCUGCAUCACGCCUCUUCAAAGACAAGACUAGCACCGUUGCCGGAGAAGCAGCGCCCUCAGUCGCUGGAAACGGUACGCCAGAGGCCGAGUGCCGACGGGUCGGACAAAUCAUCCUUGUACAGUCGGUAUACCCAAGAUCUGCCGUCGCCUGGCCUUGUCAAGCCGCGUCUUCUCGAGACGAUACCGGCCAGCCCGAUUGUGGCCAAUGACCCUGCCAUGAACCUCGCCGCAGACCUCGAACCCCCUCCUCCCAUCAGGCAGCGCAGCCGCAGCUUCAGCCCCGUGGGCGACGAGCGCAGAUCACGACAAAGGACCCAGUCACCAGCACCCUCCGCCGAAGAAGCCAACAUCCACCCCUUGUUCCGAUCCGAUUCGCCAACGCCGCCACCGUUAGCGUCCGCCGGGACCAGCGUCGUUGCGUCUCCUGACGCCGGCAAGGUCAUCCCUCACCGCCCAAGCAUGCAAUCUAUGCGGCGCCUACGCAGCAGCAGCUCAGCAUCCACACUCAGUCCCCUGAGUCGCCGAAAUUCCUUUGAGGCGCCAAGUAUCAAGAAGCCCCGGGACGAGCAGGGCAGUAUCCUUGAGGUUGAUGAGGAGAGCGGGGCGGACACGGAUGUCGAGAUGCUCCCUCCGAUCCCAGACUUUGUGAUGGGCGCGGGCAACCGACACAGCUUGACGCGCUACAACAGCAAAAAGUCGGAGCACGAGCAGAGCUGAGCUCUGAGUCUUUUAAUUUUUCUUUCUGUUGGGCGGCAGUCGUGGUUUGGAAAACCGACCUGCUGCUUUCUUGUUUUCCUCCAUUUCGAGCAAGGCGUCAUGAGGUGUGCAACGGCCAAAAUAUAGACUACUAAAAUUAGACGAUACGCAUGAACGAUUCAUAGAUACAAGAAGCAUAUACUACCUUCAUAUACGUCUUUUCCACACA